AUGGAGAGGGAGGGGUUGUGCUUCGUUGAGGACCCGAAGCCCGUCUUGCAGUACGGGGUAGAGAACCGGGAAUGGCAGGCGGAAGUGUGUAGUUGGGAAGCUCGGUUGGGUGAGAUUGAAUGGGGCGGAAGCGUAGCAGGCAUUGGAAUAUGCUUACUCGUGUGGAGCAUCUGGAUGGCAAUGUUUCGCCGCGUUGAGGAUCUGAUUGUCGCCUUCCGUUUGGGGCUAGAGAACCGGGAAUGGCAGGCGAGAGUGUGUAGUUUGGCAGGCUGGCUGGGUGACGUUGAAGCGAGCUGGAGCGUGGGUGGCGGGGCAGUUUCAUUUAUGGGGAGGUGGGGCUGA